AUGGCAGGGCGAAGCCCGCUCCGAGCGUAUGGGGAGGCGAGAGGAGCGCCGCUAGAGUCGUUCGGAGGAUCGAGGAUCGAUGACAUGGACCAUGGAGCUCGGCCGAUGGAGACGCAUGAAAGGCUCUUGUCUAUCGAGAAGCCCAUCGAGAAGCCCAUCGAGCGCUCUGUCCCAGUCCAAGUGCCCCGCCUUGUGGAGAAGGUUGUUGAGCGAGGCAAGCACGUGGAGUGCGUGACCACGCACGAGCGACCAGUGGUUCAGUACGUCAACAAAGUCGUGCAAAUCGUGAAGGAGGUGCCGGUCGAGAAGAUUGUGGAGAAGCCGUUCGUCCGCAAGAUUGUUCGGGAGAGAAUCAUCGAACAGGUCGUGGAGGUGAUCAAGGAGGUACCGGUAGAGAGGAUCAUUGAGCAGAUCGUGGAAGUAGAGAAGGAGGUGCCGGUGGAGAAGGUGGUGGAGAGGAUCCAUGUGCAGGAGGUGCCAGUCAUCGAGACGGAGGAGCGGGUGGUGGAGGUAGUCCGAGAGAUCCCCGUCGAGAUUGUCAGGGAGGUCCCAGUCUACAUCAAGAUCGACCCCGCCGAGUGGGAGUCCCGCCACUCCCUCCGCUCCUCCUCCGCCAUUGGAGGCGUCGGCCUGCGCCUGGAGAGGUUCGAGACUGGCCCUCAGGCCGGCAACGUGUACGUGGUGGAGGUGGUGCCGGGAUCGCCUGCUGCGGACUGCGGAGUGAUCAAGCUCCACGACCUUCUGGUCAGUGUGGACGGUCGAGCGGUAGAGCGGCACAACCUACAAGAGCUGCACCAGAUGAUCAGAGGGCCUGCUGGCACUCCGGUGGUGCUGGAGCUGAAGAGGACGGGAAGGCAGAAUCAGCAGGUGACACUCUACCGCACCAGCCAGCCUUCUUUCAUGCGGCUGUCAGACAAGGCUCCGGUGGGUAGGAUCGUUACGUCGCAGGAGCUGAGGCAGACGGGAGAGAUCAGGAACGGGUACAGCUCGCAGCAAAUGUACUCGCAAGGCAUGGAUGUGACCCAGGCGACCCUCUGA